CUCGCGUGAAACGAUAUUAUACUCUCUUCCUCUCUGUACCUUUCUUACUUAAAUACAUGGAUGACAUUACUCUUGAGUUAGGAGUGCUAGAGCCGCCAUUAUCUGACGAUCUGGAUCACACCCAUCACCACUACAACCCGAUCGACAACGACAACGAUGACAACGCGAACUAUAACCAUAUCGACGAUAAUAAUAAUCAAAAUAAAAAAGAAGAAUUUUGUACAGUGUCGAACUUUGAUUCAGCUGCAAACUAUAUAAACUUGAUGCUUACGGCCGAAGGAUACCCAGUACCACUUAAGUUCAAGAGUAAUGACGAUCAGGACGCAUGCAAGAUUAUCAACUGUUUUGAAGCCGUGAUAACCGAUAAAAAUCGACUUGUACAAGAACUUAAUCAAAUGAACCAAACUAUACACGACUUAAAACGGGAACAAGAACAGUUACAAGCGAAAUUGCAUAAAACGAAUCAAGAAUUUGAAGGGCAAAAACGAGAAAAUGCGCAAUUGCGGGGAAAGAAUGAAUCAUCUGCAAAAAGCUUAAAAGCUGAAGCUAAUCAAAAUCGAUUGCUUAAAGAGGAAUUAUCAAAAGCAAAACAUAACAUGCAGUAUAUGAAGACACAAUAUGCACAUGAAACUCGGAAGCACGAACAAGAACAAGCCAAAACGCGAGAUCGAUUAUAUAAAUUGAUGGAUGAACGACACAAGACCAACAUGGCCUCAAUGACGAUCAAUGACACGCUGCCUGGAAUUGAUGCAUAUGAUCAGCCAGCUGUAUCAGAUGAACGAACCAUGUACUCCGAUCUUUUAAAGAAAAGCAGUGACCGAGAAAAGGCAGCGCGGAUAGAAAACGAGGGCAUAAGGACUAUAUUGUUGGAUAUCUAUGGUACUGCAGUUAAUCUUCUCAAACGACAAGUGGAAAAUUAUAAGGAGACGUUCCCAGCAGAGAUAAGCAAAGACGAUCUUCCUGUUUUAAGGUUACCGUUGGAAAUCGGAGGGAAAGAAGCUACCAAGCGCGUUCAUGAUCUGCUGGCCAGAUUACGAGAAGAAUGGGACAGACAGAUAGCGAAACGGAAAGCAUAUAGUGAAGAGGAUAUUGUCGAGAAAGAUCGACUAAUUGAACGGUUAUCACAAAGCAAUGAUGGAUUGGUAGAAGCAAUAGAGCAAAUCAAAAUCGAAUAUGAGCAUAAAGCAAGUAGCUUUUUGCGAUAUGAGGAGGGAGGAUUUUUCGACUAUGCCAAACAGCAGGCGUCAGCAGAUUUAUCAGAUUCCGAAAGCUCAGCCCUGGAAGACAUACCUGAUCGUACAUCACAACUGAAGAAACUGCAAAAGGAGGCACUUCUCGAACGGCGGCGAGUAACAGAGGCUGCCAUUAAGUUGGGCGAUGAGCGUACGAAACUAUCUGCCGAACGAUGGGCGUUUGAGGAAAUGAAACGACAGUUUCAAUUGUGCGAAAUAAUGGCUGACGAAUCCUCUCCUGCACCUACUACUCCUGCUGCUGCUGUGCCCAGCGAACAAGAACCCAGUGGUAGUAAAACACGACGACGCAUGUCCUAUCAAGAGCCAGAAGGAGCCACACAAGAACGUUCAAAUAAGCGACUACGUUUGUGGCUCGGUCAUGCACCCCUUGAAUAAAAAGAAAGAACAAAAACAAAUAAAAAGUUGCACAACAAUUUGGACGCCUUUUUAUUCUGUUUUUGCUGAGAGAGAUCAUCAUAAACAAGAAAGAAACAGAAAAAGUUGUGCUGUAAAGAUUGCGUUUGUGUGGAGUUCCGUUUUGCGUUUUAUUGUUUUUUGUUUGUUGAACAUUUUAACGAAGACGGCGGGCUUCACGUUCGGAUUCCAAGAGGCAGAGAAUGUCGUUCUCGCGGACGGGACCCUUGACGUUACGGAUGAUGCUGCGAGCGGUAUCGUCCAUGAACUCGACGCGGACCUGAGUCACACCACCACGCGAACCGGUGCGGCCAAGAACUUUGAUGACACGGG